UAGUUCAGUUACUUUAUCGCACUUUCCCGUCCACGCGGAAAUAGAUUUGUGUAUUCCGUAUUUAGUUUGAUAAAUCUAAUUUGUCAGCGUUUCAUUUCUAAUUGUUGUCAAGUCAUUAUGCGUCGUCUGAGAUAGCCAACCUACAUCCAGUUACGUUAUUGUAGUAUAGGUAGCUGUCACAAACUUAGACGCCAACCCCGCAGAAUAGUAACAGAUAAUGGAAGGGAGCUAUAGUUUUUCAUCAUACCAUAAUGGUGGGCCAGGAAGGGAAAAGGAUUUCCAGAAACUUGCACAGACAGUUGGAACCAGUAUUCAGAAAAUAUCACAAAAUGUAUCAUCAAUGCAGAAAAUGGUUAACCAGCUGGGCACCCCACAGGACUCGCAAGAUCUUCGAAAUCAAUUACACCAGAUCCAGCAUUAUACGCAACAGCUGGUAAAGGAUACAAGUGCUAAUCUUAAAGAACUGACAGGCCUUCCUCUCCCAGCCUCUGCUUCAGAACAGAGACAGUGGAAGAUGCAGAAGGGAAGACUGGCUGAUGAGUUCACUACAGCCCUCAACAUGUUCCAGGAAACUCAGAGAAGAGCAGCUCAGAAAGAGAAGGAACAAAUGCAGAGAGUAAGGGAAACCUCGGGCCUGGGAGAUCCAUUUGGAGGUGGAAGGUACAAUGAACAGCUGAUUGAGCUUCAAGACAACAGUGGGCAGCAGGAUGCACAGAUGAUGGAUGAGAUGAAUUUACAAAUGUUGGAAGAACAAGCACAAGCUAUUCAACAGCUAGAGAGUGAUAUCAGUGAUGUGAACCAGAUUUUCAAAGAACUUGGCGCUAUGGUCCAUGACCAAGGUGAAAUAGUGGACAGUAUUGAAGCGAGUAUAGAGAAGACUGAAGUGUUUGUUAAUGAGGGUGCAAACCAAAUUCGACAGGCCAGCAGUUAUCAGAACAAACUUCGGAAGAAGAAGUGUAUCCUAGCAAUUUGUCUCAGUGUUGUUUUGGCUGUGAUUAUUGGCAUAAUUAUUUGGCAGGUCUCAAAGUGAGCUCAUACAGGUCAAUGCAAAAGGAAGGUCCUUAUGCUAGGAAUUUCUGGUGUAAUAUGUGCUGUUAUCUUACUAAUCAUAUGAAUCAAGAUACAGGCCAUGCAAAUGAAUUGAUAUACACUUGUGGUGAGCAAAUGAAGCUGGCAGAUGUACGCAGCAUAUGAUGAAGACUGCAGGCUGGAUGUUGUGAAGUUCUACAAAAUGCUCCAUAAAUUGACAGAGACUUACUUUCUAAAUGAAGCACAAUAGAUCAUUGAAGGUCGCAGGGCUGGUUUUUAUGGCUCACCCCUCAUACUCCUACUCAUACUUUCUAAAUGUAUCAUAACAUCACUAUACUUGUUUAUUUGAAGGAUUCACAUGAUUUUCUUCUUACUGUUGUAUACUUAUCUGCAUAUAGUAAACACUUAAGGCCAUGUAUUCUUCUCUUUUUCAGUUAGGAUAAUUUAAUGGAUUGCUCCAGUAUAUAGGCUUUGUGUUUGUACAUCAGUUGUAACAUUCCAUUGACAGUUUUUGGUAGCUUUCACUAAUUAUACCAUUCUGUUAAUUUUCAUGUAGUCACUUUUAUUAAUAUUGUAUAGUGUGUACAAAGAACUACAUAUAUGAGAGAAUUUUAAAUUCUAUAAUUUACUUAAAAAAUGUGCUCUCAUGAAGGAUGUGAAUAAUGUUUUGAUAUAGUUUGUUGAUGCUAAGCAAAAGUCAUGCUGUUGGAAAGACUUGUGUUUGUUGUGAUUCAGUAUUCUCAUUUUUAUGUAUGAAGUAUUUGGAUUUGAAAUUAAUUUCCUGUCUUCUUUUAUUUUGGAAGGAGAGAAUAGGGGAAUUUUUUCAGUUGUUUUUGCUCCAAAAUGAAGAGUUUUAAUUGCAAGUAUUUUAUGGAAGUAAUUUUGAGGAUUUAAAUAACAUUAUCUUCUUCGUAUCCCACGUGUAAUAUGUAAUAGGAGCCUCAUGAUUUGGAACUGUUGGUUUUGUAGUCAUUCUGUUCAGGGUUAGUGAUGAGUUGCAGAAUGGAAAUGAAAUGGUUGAAGAAGCCUCAAAAUCUUAACAAGUUAUGAACCUUGGUACAGAUGCAAAAAUUGUUAUUGUCUGCCUUGGCCAGAUCAGUCCUAAGUGGUGAGGUAAGCAAGAUUCCAUUUGAUGACCUAAUUUUUUAAUCACCUUAUUUCAAUUUUUAUCUGAACAGUGUGAUGAAGUGACCUUCCGUGAUAUUCCAUGUUAAUGAGUGCUCGUACUUUACGCCUACAUGGUACUCUACCUUGUUGACCCGAAGUACAGACAAGUUCUAGAAAUGCACAUGUCAAAGUUAUAUUGUAGUGAUUGUAAGUAUACUUGUUUCCCAUAAAUUGUACAGUGCAGGAAAAUAUCAGAGGAAGAAUUCCAAGUAGCAAGACAUGUGUUGAUGUUGGGAGUGGGGCGAGACAGAGUACUGUGUCACCUCAAAUGAGCCACUUGUAUCAGCCAUUAAUGAUUUUUACUUGGUUAUUUUAUGACACUGUCAGUACUGAGAUUGUACAGCAUCACAUGAUUGAUGAGCUGGAAGGAAAUGGUAAUGGCCUAACCAAGGUGACAUUUGCUUGGAGGAACUGAGGAAGACCACAGAAAGCCUCAAUCAGGAUAGUACCUGGCCAAGAUUCAAACCAAGCACCUCCCAAAUACAUGUUUAGAGGAUUACCAUUAGAUCAGACUGUUUGGUCCAUUUUUUGUACAGUGAUUCAUGCUUUUAGUUAGUUAUUUGAUAACUUUAUUGCAUUCAUCCUGUUGUGUGUCUGUUUAUGGUGUAAGGCACAAUAGAUCACUGUGGUCACAGUGCGAGGGCCAAGAAGGCCCACCCCUUAUACAUUCAUUCAUACUGUUUAUGGUAUUGAUGUAUCCAUCAACACGACAGACAAAACCACACCGAGGGAACGACAACAGGAAGACAGGGUACUCCCAUAUAAGGUAACAACAUAACACACCAAAUAGCACAACUCUUUAUUGACCGUCACAACACAACAAACAGAAAAAAUCAAGGACAGCGCCCAGCUAUGGUUUCGCUAUAUGUUUCAGCCACUAACGGCCAUCAUCAGGCAAACACAUAUUAACAAACAUAUACCACUGAACUGCAUUACAUUAGAUUGGAUAGAAUGUUAUUAAUCAUUUAAAAUACUUUGCGUAAAAAUACAAUAAGUCAGAUUAUAUA